AUGGGUUCAUCAAGCCGUUUUGGAUCAGAUCACAUGAUCGAUAGGAAAGGGAAAGGUAUUCUCGUCGAGGAGGAGGAUGAGGAGAUUAUCCUACUUGAGGAGGAAGAUGAUGCUCAUACGAUUCGUGAAUAUCGUAUGUCUCUAAUCGGAAAGGUUCUCAACCCUAAGAAGCAGAUUGUAGAGAAGUUAAUCCAAUGUAUGCAUGCUCAAUGGAAGAUGGAAGAUAAGAUCACUGCAAAUGAUCUAGGUAAUGGGAAGUUUUUAUUUAACUUUUCAUCUGAAGAGGACAUCCAAGCGGUUCUACGUCAGGGUCCCUUCCACUACAACUUUUGUAUGUUUGUUCUGGUGCGCUGGGAGCCAAUUGUGCACGAUGACUAUCCAUGGAUAGUUCCAUUUUGGGUGGAGAUUACUGGCAUUCCACUACAUCUUUGGACUGUGAAAAACAUGAGGAAGAUUGGUGGAAGACUUGGACAUGUUGACUCUAUGGAGCUCUCGGCUGGUAGGCUGCUGAUUGAUGUUGAUUCGAGGAAGCCUUUAGUGUUUUCGAGGAAGAUUCAAUCGCCGGAAGGUGAUGAGGUUACAAUUAAGAUGCACUAUGGAACUGUUGUUUAA